GGAGUUCCACACGACACGAGACCACAGGAGCACGGGACGUGAAGUGCCGGCCGAAGCGUGGGACGGGCCAGAUGGUGCCCCUGCGCGUCUGCCACCGCCUCGUCCACCUGAGCGGCCUCCCCUCCUCCUCGCUUCGGCUUCCGUUUCCCACCUCCAUGGCGGCGCCCCAACCCGGCAGCAAAACCCUUCGCCCCGGCAUUUCUUCGCCGUCCCACGACGGUCCGGUGCGCAAGAGGCCCAGGAUGAUGGCCACGGACGCGGCGGCUCCUAUGGCCUCGGAGGAGUGCUCCGCGAUGAAGGCUGAGUUCGCCAGGCACGCCGAGUACCUCAACACCCUGAAUGAUAAAAGGGAAAGGCUUGUGAAAGCAAGUCGGGAUAUCACAAUGAACAGCAAAAAGGUCAUCUUUCAGGUCCACAGGAUCAGCAGAAGUAACAAGGAGGAAGUUCUUUCAAAGGCAGAACUUGAUCUUGCUGCUGUGGUUAACCAACACAUUGGGAAGUUAGUAAAAGAAUUACAAGGAACUGACUUCUGGAAGCUCAGAAGAGCCUACACAUUUGGCGUACAAGAAUAUGUUGAAGCUGCAACUUUUUGUAGAUUUUGCAAGACUGGCACUUUAUUAAGUCUGGGUGAAAUUAAUGAUUCUUUGCUAGAGCUAAGUGAUAAAUCUGUCGAACCCUUGCAGAUAAACGUACUUGACUAUCUUUUAGGGGUUGCUGAUUUGUCAGGAGAGCUAAUGAGGCUUGCAAUUGGCCGUAUAUCUGAUGGGGAAGUCGAAUAUGCCAAAAACAUCUGUACAUUUGUACGUGACAUUUACAGGGAGUUGACUCUUCUGGUGCCACUGAUGGAUGACAAUAAUGAGAUGAAGAAGAAGAUGGAGGUCAUGCUGCAAAGCGUAGUGAAAAUUGAGAAUGCUUGCUUCAGUGUUCAUGUCAGAGGAUCAGAGUACAUUCCUAUGCUAGGAUCAUCAGCUGAACCAGAUUACGCCUUCUUCGGUGCAGCAGACUAUGACCAAUGAAGCCAGACGACCUAGCAGACAUGCUAUGUAUUAUGUAACUUAUCUCAGCAGAUAAACUUAGCGACCAGACUGUCUGAUUUGUUGCUGUUUUGACUCACACCGUGGAACUUGUAAUCAUGUCUCAGUUUUGUGUAUCGUUGGCUCGUUGUGGAGCUUCCUUUCUAUCGUCUAAAUUAGGAGUAUGUAGUAUUUACUUAAUUCUCUAGUGCUCGUUUCUCCUAAUAUUUAUCGAGUGCUCUGAUUUAAGAACGUGA